AUGGAGGAAUCACUGGAUGCAUCAUUCGACAAUGACCACACAUACCACCUGAAAUUCUGGACCUCGUCGCAGGACCAUAGCAUACUCUACGAGACACCUCUCCUGCGAACGCAAUGGGUCAUAAUCCACGCCCGUCGCAAACUCGCAGGUAAGCAUGCACCAGAUGAAUGCUACGAAACCAGUUUUGAUCCAGACGUCGACUACUUCAAUCUCCAUCCGAUGGAGCAGGGAGCCGUCGAGCAGCACUGUCUAGCUAGUAUCCUGCAUGAGGCGAGUCAGGUAGCAGGACCUAGUUUCGGUGUUCUGUCCUGUGAUUCCUCUACCAAGAUGUUCGAUGCAAUAUUCGACAAUCCACAAGUACAGACGCUCGACUCUGUCAUGCCUGGUGCUAUCGUGUUUGCAGUCCGUCUGCGCAUAUUGACCAUUAUCGUUGCUAAGGAUAUGGUGUCAAUUGGGUUGAGGUCGCUGAAGCAAAGUGUGGAAGGAAUUUCAGAGCUGCAAGCUAAGCGCGUUGCAUUCUUCAAUUCGCAAGAUUACAAGUCCUCUCGAGUGUCUCAAUUAUGGCAAAGUCGUAUAAAGUGGUCCUUAAGUGACUGGGCAUCUCGACUACGUGGGGACUACGCUGCCGGCUCCGUGUGCUCCAUCGAUGCUAGCGGCAUCUUCAGAAUUCUGGCUCAUCUCUUCAAUUUGCUGUCGGAGUGCAAUAUUCUUGACGUCGAUUGGCCAGAUUUGAGUUUCCUCCUCUCACUCUUCGGCGAAGCCUACGUGUACCACAAUCAACGACCGACCUUAAUGAUCACGAGCUCGUUCACAUCUCAAAUCUUUCACAGCUUAGGCCUUACCGAAAAGCAGAUUGCGCAAUUUUUCUUGAGACCGCAUGAGACACAGAUCCAAAAGCUUUUGAUGCGUUUCAAGCCACAAUUUAGCCGUCAUCUUUUCCCCUUGUCAAUGAUACAUUGCCUGAAACAGGCGUAUUUGCCAUAUCAGCACGAGAUUGGCGCGAUCGACGUGAAACUUGUUGCUGCAGCGUCAGUGCUGCCCAAACUACUUGGCAAGCAGUCCAUGAAGGUCAGGUUCACAGAAAAUUGUGCUCUCGAGAACAAGGCUGAAUUGUGGAAAUUUUGUGACAAACGGCUGAAUAUGCAAGCACUCGAGUUUCUUUCAGUGAUCAAGAAGGGUAUGCACAAUGAGGGACGAACUGCGGACUUUGACUAUUUACGAUUUGAGAUGGGCUGUUCUGGGCUUGUCGAUGCAUUGAUGGUUGGUUGCGGAGGGCUGGAGGACAGUCCCUUUGGUAGCGACGAAUUCCUAUGCACGUACGACAAGGCUAGCCGCAUAUUACUCGAGAUAUUAACAUUGAUGGGAUACGGUCAUCCAAUGGCUCAGGAUCUCUGUCAGCCGAGGCUCAAGAAAGCUGCAAGUGUCUUCAAGACAUGGCUGAUUGAGAAUGGCUCUGUUGGUGUUCAACUUGCUCGCGAUUCAAAACAGGACUCGAGACACCUCUCAUCGUUACGACCUGACCUUCUACAAGAGAUCGAGAAGAUAGUGAGUUGUCGGGGACUAAUGGAUGACGUGUUUCUACCCGAACAGAUCUCAGGUAUGGAGGAAACGAUCAAGGUAACUGGAUCAGUUGAGGAAGGACUGAAAACUCGGUGGGCAGAGCAUAGAAAGGGGAAACGAUCUUGA